AUGUCGCUUGUUACAAUUACAAAUGCGGAAAUUAAGAACGCCAAUCCAAGUACUUUAUUCACGCCUUUCAUACUUGAGAUUACAUUUCGCUGUACAGAAGAUCUACAGGUCCCCUUGGUGUGGAAGCUGAUCUAUGUUGGAUCUCCUGAAUCAAAGGAAUAUGACCAAUUACUGGAACAAUUUGAAAUUGGACCAAUUCGCAAAGGUACUGUAAAAUUCAAUUUUCAAGCUGAAGCACCUAAUUUCAAGCUUGUUGAUAAAGAGUAUAUACAUGGCACAACGAUUUUACUGCUUGAAGUGAGUUAUAAAGGUCAAGAAUUUAUUAGAAUUGGAUGGUACAUACACAACGCAUAUACAGACCCAGUUCUUGAAGAUGAUCCACCGGAAGAAGUAAAUUUACAAUUAAUGCAAAGGUACAUUGUAGUUGAUCAACCAAGACUUACGAAAUUCAGUAUUGAUUGGAAUCCAGAAGAAGACAGAAAAAAAUAUAAGACGAUAGCAGACGAGCGCAACGAAAAUAUUGAAAACAAUAUUAAGUCAGACGAAUUAUAA